CAAAUAUUUAUUUUUCUUUGAGAAAGUCUUGUCCAGUAUCCAGUUCUCACGCACCAUCCGAGAAACGGAGCUGUCGCCGGCUCUCCGGCUAUGCAAACUGCCGUGCUUCUUCCCCGCAUCAUGUCCUCUGACUUGUUCCCUCUGCUUCUUUAGUAUGCCCAAAUCCUGGUGCAACAUCAAUUCAAGGCUUCUCUGAACUAACACUUACUGCUAACUUUCAUUCCUAAUUAAUUUUUCACGGGCAUGACUUUAUGUCCUUUCUGUGUAAGUGACAGACUACAGGGAACCCAAAUCAUGGUUGCUUGCUUUGGCUAUCCACUGCUUGCUAUCCUAAUUAUCUAGGGUUUACUUUUUAGGGUUUUAGGACCAUUUUCUUUGCUUCUUACAAUACUUACACUGGUUUUUUUCAUCUGGGUUGACUGAGGAAUGGAGGAAUAUAACAAUCAUCUUAAUGAGAAUUCAGCUCAAAGGGGUAAUUUCUUGUACGCUUCACCAGUUCUUGCAGCGCGUUCUUCUGGUUAUGGGAGAACAAGCGAUGGAUCAAACGUGAGCAGUGAUCAGCAGACCCAGAUGCAUAUCAACACCUUUCCUCUUCAAUCCGGCGGAGAGUGUUAUCAAUCAGAAGUACACCCAAUUGUGAAGACCGAAAACAGCGGUUCCCAUCAUUUACAGACAUUCCAUUACCAUCUGAUGAGGGGGCACCAAGCUGGAGUUCAGCAACAACAAGAAGGCCGGAAUGAGAACUCCAGUACUGAUGUUGAGGCUAUUAAAGCCAAAAUCUUCGCCCACCCUCAGUACUCUAAUCUCUUGGAAGCUUACAUGGAUUGCCAAAAGGUCGGCGCUCCGCCUGAAAUGGUGGCCCGGCUCUCAGCUGCUCGCGAGGAGUUUGAGUCGCGGCAACGAUCUUCAGUGUCUUCCAGAUCAGAGACUGGAAAGGACCCAGAACUCGAUCAGUUCAUGGAAGCCUAUUAUGACAUGCUGGUGAAAUAUCGGGACGAACUAAGCAGACCUAUUCAAGAAGCAAUGGAUUUCAUGCGUAGGAUCGAAACUCAGCUUAACAUGCUUUGCAAUGGCGCCGUGCGGAUCUUUCCCUCUGAUCAAGAGAAGUGUGAAGGUAUGGGCUCAUCCGAAGAGGAUCAAGAUAAUAGUGCUGGAGAAACAGAAGUUCCUGAGAUUGAUCCACGUGCUGAAGACCGUGAACUUAAGAAUCACCUAUUGAGGAAGUAUAGUGGUUACUUAAGCAGCCUCAAGCAAGAGCUUUCCAAGAAAAAGAAGAAAGGAAAACUACCCAAAGAUGCCAGACAAAAGCUGCUUAGUUGGUGGGAGUUGCACUACAAAUGGCCUUACCCUUCGGAGACAGAGAAGGUAGCAUUGGCUGAAUCAACUGGUUUGGACCAGAAGCAAAUAAAUAAUUGGUUCAUAAACCAGAGAAAACGGCACUGGAAACCUUCUGAAGAUAUGCAGUUUAUGGUAAUGGAUGGGCUACAUCCACAAAAUGCUGCUCUCUACAUGGAUAGUCACUACUUGGGUGAUGGCCAUUACCGUUUAGGACAAUGAGUCCUAAAAUCAUUUGCAUAUAUAGUAAUUAUCGACGUUGAGAACUGUCUUAUAAUAAUGCAGUCUGAAUUAAUUAAGACA